UCCCUCCCUCUGUCCUUAUCAGGAGAGGGGGCGGAGCCUCCCCCUCCGGGCUCCGGUAGCGGGGCCGGUGCGGGGCCUCCAUGGCACCGACCGUGGCUGUGGUCGGGGGCGGCAUCAGCGGCCUGGCCGCCUGCUACCACCUGAGCCGCGGUCCUCGGCCGCCCAAGGUGCUGCUGCUGGAGGCCGGCGCCCGGCUCGGGGGGUGGCUGCAGAGCACCCGCGCUGCCGACGGGGCCGUGUUCGAGCAUGGCCCGAGGGGGAUCCGGCCCGGGGGGGCUGCGGGAGCCGACACCUUGCACAUGGUGUCGGAGCUCGGCCUGGCCGGUGCGGUCCUGCCCGUGCCCGGGGACCACCCGGCCUCCAGGAACCGGUUCCUGUACGUGGCUGGGGCCCUGCACAAGCUGCCGUCGGGGCUGGGGGCGCUGCUGCGGCCGGUGCCGCCGUUCUCACGGGCGCUGCUGUGGAGCGGCCUCCGGGACCUCGUGGCACCGGCAGGGACGGAACCGGACGAGAGCAUCCACACGUUCGCGUCCCGUCGCUUCGGUCGGGAGGUGGCGGACAUCGCGGUGGACAGUGUGUGCCGGGGGGUGUUCGCCGGGGACUGCCGAGCGCUGAGCGCCCGUUCCUGCUUCCCGAGGCUGUUCCAGGCCGAGCGGAGCCGGCGCUCGGUGCUGCUGGGGCUGGCGCUGGGCUCCGGGGACGGGAACGGAGCCGAGUCGGGGCUGAGCCGUCGGGCACGGACCGAGCGCUGGAGCCAAUGGUCGCUGCGGGGAGGGAUGGAGACACUGCCCCAGGCGCUGGCGGAGUUCCUGCGAGAGCGCGGAGUGGAGCUGCGGUGCCACCAGCGCCUGCAGAGCCUGCGCCGAUGCCACCAUGGCGGCUGGGAGCUCACCCUGACCGACGGCACCGUCACAGCCGACCACGUUGUCAGCGCGCUCCCGGCUGCAGCACUGGCUGAGGUGCUGCCGGCCGAGGCCGCGGCGCUGGCGCAGGAGCUGCGGCACAUCCCGGCGGUGUCGGUGGCUGUGGUGAACCUGCAGUACAAGGAUGUCACACUGCCUGUUACGGGCUUCGGGCACUUGGUGCCCUCCUCAGAGGAUGGGUCCCUCCUGGGCAUCGUCUAUGACUCAGUGGCCUUCCCUGAGCACAACGGCACAGGCGCGGCCUCGCUGCGGCUCACGGUGAUGCUGGGAGGAGCCUGGUUCGAGCAGAGCUUCGGGGACCCGGCCACGGUGGCACCGGAGCUGCUGCUGCACCGGGCACAGGCUGCUGUGAGGGAGCAGCUGGGGCUGGAGCCGGCCCCGACCCACUCCAUUGUCAGGGUGCACCAGGCCUGCAUCCCACAGUACACACUGGGCCACUGGCAGCGCACAGGUAAGUGGGUGCUGAGGAGUGGGGGGGCACCCGAUGCCCCCUCCCCGGUACCCAGCACCCAUCCCGGCCCCACAGAGCGCAUCAGCCGCUUCCUGGCCGAGCAUCACCUGCCCCUGAGCCUCAUUGGAGCCUCCUACAGUGGCGUCUCCGUCAACGACUGCAUUGCCAGCGCCAAGGCGGCCGUGGAGCGGCUGCUGGGGCCGCGGCACUGACCCCCCCCAGCACUGACCCCCCCCCAGCACCCACGGCCAUAGGACAAAGUGUAUUUUUUAAUUGAAAAACCCAUAUAAAGGUCCAGGGAGCGGCUCAUAAA